AUGAAUCGAAUCUAUAUCUUACUAUUAUUAAUAGUGCAAUUAACUGGCGUUUUGUGUGCGAAUGAAAAUAAUAUCAUACGUGAUUAUUUCGCGUUCAAAAAGGUGAAGAGAAUCGUAGGAUUCUCCUGUGGCGACCUGGAAAAUGACAUCACACUGGCAAGAACAUUUAAUAAUAUGUAUACUACGUACACUUCGAUAAUGGACUCCAUAACUGAUCAACGUUUAUACCUUAAAAAUCUCCUAAGUGCCGACUACCAUCAGUUGGGCAUUUUUUUGGAUUCCCGAUGCGAUCAUGAGCGUUACACUAAAGUCUUAAUCGACGCAACAAAGCACUUGAUGUACGAUGAGAUGCAUAAAUGGUUGAUUUUCGGAGCAAAUUUGAGCCAUAGCCUGCAAACACUCCACGAUGAGGCGUUUAGUGUCGCGACCGACGUUGUGAUCGCUGUACCAUCGGCGAACAAUUACAUUUUAUACGAUGUAUACAAUCCGUGCAAAGAACGUGGAGGAUCUACAAACGUGACGGUUUUCGGAACGUGGAGUAAUGAGAAGGGUUUAAACGUUGUCCUGACUCAAUCGAAAUUUCAAAGAAGAUCGAAUUUACACGGAAUGAAACUUAAAGUUGGGCUUGUAGUAAGUAUCAGUUACAAACCGGAGAACACGUCGCUUCACGAUAUGAUGAUGGAGUACAGUAUGAAAGCUAAAUAUGGCCGAUCGAAAUUUUUAUACGUGCUCCUACAGCAUCUGUCGGAUAUCUUUAAUUUCACCAUGGAGAUCGUUGAAAUAAACGCGCGGCGACGAUUCGACACUUCCGGUCCGGUUUUCGCGGCGUUCAGAAGGAAAAUCGUCGAUAUUUCGUCAAGUCCAGUCGCAAUGAAAAUCGAGAGAUUGAAUCAUGGAGAUAUUAUCGGACCGGUGUGGCCAAUACGAUCGUGCUUUAUGUUUCGUACAAUUUCUUCGAUAAAAAUACAGCCGCGUCAGUUUUUGAAGCCAUUGUCCGUGAAAGUGUGGUACGCGAUAUUUACGAUGAUAGGGAUCGCAAUGGGUGCUCUAAUAAUUUUCAUAAGACUGGAAGGGAUACGUAGCCCGGCUGAAAUUUACGGACUGUCUGUUCUGCUGACAAUAGGUUCUCUAUCACAACAAGGUUCUGCGUUCGUUCCGACACGUUACGCAGCUCGUAUCGCGUUUCUACACAUUUUAGUGUUCAGUGUGUUGAUAUUGAACUAUUACUCAGCUAGUGUCGUGUCGAAUCGUUUAAAGAACAAAGGUGAGAAGAUGAACGAUUCGUUGAUUAGCUUGGCGAAUAGCCAUAUGAGAUUGGCGGUGGAAAAUACACCUUAUGUUCGGUCCUUUCUACAGGUACCAGAUAAGGAAGUAAGAUAUUUCUACAAAAAUUGUUGGAGCAAAAUACCUGAAUACGAAAGGUACAUGCCGUUAGAAGAAGGUCUUGACAAGGUGGCAAUGGGAACAUUGGCUUAUCACACGAUGAGCGACACCGCUUAUCCAUAUAUCGAGCACUCGUUCAAUGAUCGAAGCAUUUGCGAGCUCACGGAGGUCCAUCUCUUUCGUGCGAUCCUGGCGUUCUACGCGAGACACAAUAGCCCUUUCACCGAAUUACUGAAAAUUGGAUUAACGAAAAUCAGGAACGUGGGCAUUCAAAAGCGUGAAUGGAAAAGAUGGUCGGCCAGAAAACCAUUUUGCCCGCCAAAUCUGCUUAUUGCCGAACCUCUAUCGAUUCACGAGGCUGCACCGAUUUUCGCGUUCUUGAGCAUCUCCGUUGGAUUUUCUCUUCUGAUUUGCUUCGCGGAGAAUAUUUUGAACUGGUGCUCACCAACACGAAUAUUCAGCGCCAUGACAGAAAAGACACGUUUGAUCGACAAGAAUUUGCACCUAUCCGCUCUACCAGAUAUUAAACUACAGACAUUAAGGAAUUUCAAUGCAUUCCGCGAAUCGACGAGUUCACAAAGCUCUUAA